GCCUCCUCACCCUCCAUGGGGCGCAGCGGCGCGCGCAGUCAGAGCCGACUCCGAGGGCGCUUCCAGGGGUGGGCCUUGACGGAUGAGGCCUUGCCUCCAUUGGCUGCGCUCCAAAUGGUGAUUGACGUGACAGCAGCCCAAUGGCAGGGGAGUGUCGGUUUUCCGCGCGCUGUUUCGGACGGUUAUAGCCGGCGAGACCAGCAGCGCCCGCCACAGGAGGAAGGGGCGGCUAGCACCGGGGUUCCUGCUGGCGGCGUGAUGGCUGGCGGGGCUGCUGUUGUUGGAGGAGGAGGAUGCUUCUACACGCGAGGGGCUAGCUCCGGCGCAGACUCGCCGCCUCUCCUCAGCCUGAGGCGACGGUCAAAGCAGCCGGAGCCGGAGGAGGCGGUUAUGCUUGAGAGAGUGCUGGGAAUAACUACCCAAACCAGCAAUGGUUUGGCUUGCGACCCAAACACGGGGCAGAUUGCCUAUCCUGCAGGGUGUGUGGUUGUGAUUUUGAAUCCCAGGAAGAAUAAACAGAGGCAUAUCUUUAAUACUUCUAGGAAAACUGUGAGUGCUCUAUCUUUCUCUCUUGAUGGGAAGCUUAUUGUAACUGGUGAGAAUGGACACAGGCCAGCUGUUCGAGUCUGGGAUGUGGAAGAAAAGGCUCAAGUGUCUGAACUCCAUGGCCACAAACACGGUGUGGCCUGUGUGGCUUUCUCUCCCAAUAUGAAAUACCUCGUGUCCAUGGGGUAUCCACAUGACAUGGUUGUCAAUGUAUGGGACUGGAAGAAGGACACACUGGUUGCAUCCAACAAAGUGUCUUGCAAGGUCAUGGCCAUCUCCUUUUCAGAGGAUAGCUACUUUAUAACUGUCGGCCAUCGCCACGUGAAAUUCUGGUUCUUGGAUACGUCCAAAGAAGUUAAGAUUAAGGAAACAGUUCCACUCAUCGGUCGCUCUGGACUUCUUGGAGAGCUUCAUAACAACAUCUUCUGUGGCGUGGCUUGUGGGCAGGGCAAAAUGUCAGGCAGCACGUUCUGCAUUUCUUAUUCUGGGCUCCUCUGUCAGUUUAAUGAGAGGCGUGUGUUGGAGAAAUGGAUUGAUCUCCAGGUGUCUCUAGCCAACUGCAUUUGCGUUAGUGAAGAAUUUAUUUUCUGUGGGUGUGCAAAUGGGACUGUGCGCAUCUUCCAUACGCACAACUUGCACUACCUUGUGGACUUGCCAAAGCCACACCAUCUUGGCAUUGACAUAACUGGAGGCAAAACACCAAGAGGACCCAGCACUACCUACCCAGACACCAUUGCCUUGGCGUUUGACCCCUGCCACCACUGGCUCUCCUGUGUGUACAAGGACCACAGCGUGUACAUCUGGGACGUGAAAGACACCAGUCAAGUUGGGAAGGUGUGGUCUGACCUCUUCCACAGCUCAUUUGUGUGGAAUAUUGAGGUUUAUCCUGACUUUGAAGACCACAGAGGCUGUUUGCCUCCAAGAUCCUUUCUAACAUGCUCAUCGGACAAUACAAUACGCUUUUGGAACCUGGAAGAUGGCACGCAAGCUGGUUUUCAGAAGAAUGUCUACAGUAAUAACUUGCUGAAGGUUGUCUAUGUGGAAAACAACACCCAACAUUUGCAAGACUUGACCAGUGUGCCAGAUCGAGGUGAAACUACCAACUACCUCGAUGUGAAAUCUGGUGUUCGUGUGAUGCAAGUUAGCCCUGAUGGCCAACACCUGGCAUCUGGUGACAGAGCUGGAAACCUGAGGAUACACAAGCUAAAAUAUAUGGAUGAAGUGGUGAAAGUUGAAGCCCAUGAUUCAGAAGUUCUCUGUCUAGAAUAUUCUAAGCCAGAAACAGGGACAGCACUGCUUGCCUCAGCAAGCAGAGACAGGCUGAUCCAUGUCUUAAAUGUGGGGAAAAAUUAUAAACUAGAGCAGACGUUGGAUGACCAUUCCUCAGCCAUAACUGCUGUGAAGUUUGCUGGAAAUGGAGAUAUUCAGAUGAUUAGCUGUGGAGCUGACAAAAGCAUCUAUUUUCGCAGUGCGCAAAAGGUUGCAGAUGGGAUUAACUUCAUUAGAACCCACCACGUUGCUGAGAAAACAACCUUAUAUGACAUGGAUAUUGAUAUAACCCAGAAGUAUGUUGCUGUGGCCUGUCAAGACCGAAAUGUCAGGGUAUACAACACCAUCAGCGGGAAACAGAAAUGGUGCUACAAAGGCUCACAAGGCGAUGAUGGAUCCCUACUGAAGGUCCAACUAGAUCCUUCUGGGACGUUUCUGGCCACCAGCUGCUCCGACAAGAGCAUUUCCAUUAUUGACUUCCACUCUGGCGAGUGUGUUGCCAAAAUGUUUGGACAUUCAGAAGUUGUUACGGGGAUGAAAUUUACUUUUGACUGCAAGCACUUGAUCACCGUCUCUGGAGACAGUUGUAUCUUUAUAUGGCAUCUCAGCCCUGAAAUUACCACCUGCAUGAAGCAGCACUUGGUGGAGCUGGACCAAGUCCAGCAACAGAAGAAAGCCAGGGAACAAACUUGGUCUCAUCUGCUCAGGCAGGAGACCGACGUCACUGUGCCAUGUCGGAGAGCAGCUUGUGGCACUGAGCACUUGGCUGAUUACGACACAGAGGAGGAGGAAGAAGAGGAGGAGGAGAGAGAAGAGGAAGGAAUACCUGCUCAGACCCCCACCAAAGAGGAGACGGCUCCUGCCUGUGUCCUUACCAAUGGCAAAAUGCCAAUGUGGGCAAAGAGACUGCUUGGAGAGGCUGAUAAUGUGGACAGCACAUCCUUGAACUCCAGGGCGUGUUACCAGCCGCAGGGACGAUGGGCCGAACGUGCUGGCCAAGAGCCACUUAAAACCAUGCUGGACCCGGAGCUGCAUGACUUUACCCCAAUUAAGAAUGACAGCAUGGAUGAGGUGGAGCUGGAGCCACAGAAUCUGCAGCAGCUAUUCAUGGAGAUGGACAGCAGCAUAAUUGAGGACUUCAAACAGCCAGAUCUGUCCUCGGACGAUGAGGCAGCUCAAGAGCUCCAAGCUGGCGGGAAUGGCCUACAGGGCUCAUGGACGGGCCACACACUGUCGGAGGCAGAGAGGAAACAUGUAGAGGGGUCACCUCUGCAGCUGCCUUACCAACAGGAAGCUGCUGACACACAAGAGAAGCUGCCUGAUCAAAUCUACUCUGUGACUUCCUUGGAAUCGGAGGCAUCUGCCUCAGGCCACCAACAGGAGGAACAAGAAUCCCUCGUGUUGGAGGCAGACGCAGAAAUGACUGAUCCAGAGGAGAACACCCAGCCGUGCAGCUCUCUGCCCCAGACUCCGGAGCAAGAGAAAUACCUCAAGCAUCACUUUGAAACACUGACCAGUGCUCACGCUGAAGUGAAGUUUGAUGGCUGCUUAAAAGAUCUGAAGCCGCCAGAAGAGGAGGACAGUGCCGCCUUGUUCCUGAACCCUCGCCUGAGUAUUUCUGCUAGGUUUCUCUCUCACUGCCAAAAAACCAGCAGACUUGCGUCGUCCUUCCUUCCAAGAGUCCGUCAGCCCACACCAGCUGCUUCUGGCCCUCUGGAGCAGGUGAAGGAUGAGCGUUUGCUCUCCAGCGAGCCACAGAAACCAGAGAAGCUGCCCGAAGAAGCUCUCUGUGAGCUGAAGGAAAAAUCUGAUGCUAAAACAUGCGGCUCUUCAGAUUCCCUCCCCCACCUUAUCAAAAGCUUUGAAAUGAACCUGCAGGCUUCAUACACCAAACUUCAAGAAACGCUGCAACUUUACGAUAAGGUGACCUCCUGCAGAGGUUCCACCGAGGAAGAGCUCCUCCUGCUCAGAAACAUGCUGGUCCGCACUUUCCAUUGGAUGAAAAACCAGCUGGAUGCUAGGGCAGUGCAGAGCAACAUGGACGUGGCUACAGCCACAGACAGCCCGUCCCCCUGGCUCAAGUGCCUGCUGCACGAAAGCGAGACCCACUCCCUCCUGAGACAUUACUCUGACUCUCUGCUGCAAAUGGUCCAGAAGAAGCUGGAUGAAUCUAAGAAGGCAGAUGUGGCCUGAAUUGGCGCCAACGGGUUAGUCUCCCUGUUACAGUUGUUGUGGCGGUGAGCUCAAGAGAAUUUCUGUGUAGCUCCUGAGGAGUUCUUGGACAAAACUUUACUGUUGUUUACCUAAAGGGCAGCAGCAGCGGCUCAUCCUAAUGAGCCAGGGGCACACCAACGGAAGCCCAGUGACCCUGGCUUCUUGGGGGGAGCUCCAGUUGCUCCUCUCUCUCUCUCUCCCCCCCCCACCCUGUCAAAGAGCCGUGCUGCCUGCAAGCUGGCCUUUCAUCAGGUAGAGCUGUGUAGUUAACUAUGCAGCUCUGCCUGAUGAAUGGCCAGCCUGCAGACAGUGCAGCUCUCAGGCAGGGCGAGAGAGAGAGAGGAGCAACCCAAACUCCCAGAAGCAGAGGCAGCUGCACCUCCUCUGGUGUCUCCCCCCAACCUCCCCCAGCUCAUUAGAAUGAACUACUACUGAUCUAGUGAGUCCUCUUAUUUUUUUAAAAAACAUGUUUGUUUGGGGUGUUGGAGCACUGACUUGUACAAGGAGCUUUCUUAACAUUGUCUUUAUUCAGGUUCAGAAAAUAAUAAAACAUUUUGUUUCCCAAA